AAUACAUCGUACGUCAGGGAUUUCAACGGGAAUCAUAAAAAAUCAGGAUCCGAUUUUUGUUUUGGUUUUUUGACAGUUCUCAGGUGUUCCACGAAAUUUUCACCCUCCUACGGCACACGCCACAAUGACCAUGCUCAUCGAUCCUCGUCGUGCCGAGAAGGUGCAGCGCUACAAGCAAGUCGAUCCUGCCAAUCAGGGCGCCGGAGUCGGAGACGACCUGAUGCCGGACUACAUGAAUAUCCUCGGAAUGAUAUUCUCGAUGUGCGGUCUAAUGAUGAAGCUCAAAUGGUGCGCCUGGUUGGCCCUGUACUGUUCCUGCAUCAGCUUCGCCAACUCCCGGAUCUCCGACGAUGCCAAGCAGGUGCUGUCCUCGUUCAUGCUGAGCGUCAGUGCCGUCGUGAUGUCGUACCUGCAGAACCCAACGCCAAUGACUCCUCCGUGGCAAUCGAUGUAACCGUUCCGGAACCCCACAAGGGCACAAACCGCCAUUCGCAUGGCCCCAAAGCACACGAAGCACAUAAUAUUUAUAAGAAACCUCUGCUGUUAGGGGGGAACCCAUGGAACAGUAAAUGCUUCCGGGUACACAAAGGAUCCCAUAAACCUCAGAAUAUAUUGAGAAUACAUCCGACAUGUUACAUUCGCUAAUUUGGCAUACUCUAUUUCAA